UAACUAAAACAUUUGUGAUAGUUGGCUAAUGACUAACAAUACCUUCACUUUAUUCUAGAAAUAAAUUAUUAGAAACAGAAUGUUAUAAUGUGUGCAUCUGAGAUUGUUUUUUUAAGUCAAAUCCCACAGUUUUUUUUUAAAUAAGCAUUUCCAGUUAGAGGUUUUACGGAAAACUCCCACUUGCACUUUGUUGACGGUCCCUUACUUCCAGCAGCAGCUCAGGCAAAGCGCUCCGCCUCAGCUCACAUUGAAGCGGCGUUUUCCGGUGGUCUGCUCGUUACGUGGAUCGUGAUGAAAACGAGUCAUGUGAAGUGUUUAAUGUGCUAUCAGCAGUCAGCAAAAAGAAUUUUGGUAUUUUUUAGCAAAGGCGUUUGAGGACUAUUGCCGCUGAAUGUGUGACGAAUGUCGAAUAUGAAACUAGCUUAACCGCGCUAGAGCAGCUUCAUGGUUUUCCAUUCCAACCCACUUUCUCUUCCGUGAUCUUCUCCUAAGGCGUCGAUGUAAACAAAGGGGAUGUUGAGUGUUAUUAAUCCUCAAAAGUUGUUUUAGUCAUUAAUUAUUUUCAGUCUGCACUGACUGAAGGAGCUGGAAAUAUGUCUUGCAAUCAAAAAUACGUAAUGAUUUACCUGAUUACAGUUUUUAUUUUAAAAAAAAUGUUUAACUGAGCAAUGUUUGAGGCCUUUUUAGAAGGCUUUGUUUCUGUAGUUUGAGGGUGUCACAUGUGAUAGUACUAAAUGACAUGCAGCUUAGAGGUGACGGGUCAGUACUAUGUCUGCAACCACUUCCUAAACUCACUUCCUUCUAGAAUGGAGCGUUUCACAGUUACUUGGGUCGGUUUUCUUCUUCUUUUUCAAGGUUUCUCUGCUCUGACUCCAGUCUUUGUUCAGACAGGAGAAGAUGUCGUUCUGGAUGUUAAUGGAACUGAUUGUUCAGAGGACGGUGCUGCUAUUUUAUGGAGGUUCAAUCAAAAGGAGAAUUUAGUGAGACUUACGUGCUGGAAGGAUAGAAAACCAACAGUGAGUAAGUUGAAGUAUCAGGACAGAACUGAGAUCACUGAAGAAACAUCUUUGAAACUGAAGAAUUGCCAAAAAUCCUUCAGUGGAGUUUAUUCAGUAAUAAGAACAUUUACUGAAGAUGAAGUUGUAGCAGAAUACAACGUCACAGUUGAAGAUCCAGUGUCUCCAGUUCUUCUGAACGUGGAUUCAGUCUUUAACAGCUCAAACUUCUGUAACCUGACUGUGACCUGCAGCACAGAUCACUCCCACAUCAGCAGCUCCUUCACAUGUGGAAGUGAAUCCUGCAAACAAGAUGAUGGACAGCAGACAAACGUCACAAAACAAGAGAAUCUUCUCCAGGUCUACCUGUCUGAUGAUUCAGUCAUCUGUAACCAUAGCAACCACGUCAGCUGGGCGAACAGCACAGAGAAGAUUAGACUCAUUUGCCUUCUGAACGAUGCUUCUCCAGAAGUCGUCAGUCAUCAUCACAUUCUCAUCAGGAUUACUGUUGUCGUCCUCUCAGCUGCUGUUCUUUCUGCUUCUGUCUUCUUUUAUGUUUGGAAGAACAAAAACAGAGGAAUUUAAGAGAAUCAGAGAUCAAACUCCUGGUCGGAUUUCUGCCUCCAUCUGCAGAUUGAAACGAUUUCACUCUGAAAUGGAUCCACUGAGAAGCCAUGAGAGCUGGAAUACAGCAGCAGGUGAAGCUGGAGGAACAUCUGCAGGAACGUGUCUCCAUGUGAUCAACAUUUUACUUGUUCUUGUCAGAAUCUUUUUUUCAAGCUGCAACACAGUCGCAGUAAAAUGCGUACAUAUUCCACGACUUUGCACUCUGAAAUACCGUGUAUAAUAUACGCCAAACACCCUUUUUGCGUGCAUAUGAUACGCAAUGCUAGAGGAUAGGUUUUUGUGGCUCACAUUUAUUCUGUUUAUUAUUCUAUUCACAUUAUAACCAAUACAAUUGUACAAAUGAUCACUAUAUUUUCCUUUUAGAGUUUAUUUUAAUCUCUUGAUUUUCUGCAUUUGCUGUUUUUACACAAAAAUUCAACUGAACACUCAAAUAAAUAUAUUUUAUAUGUUUUAUGCAUAUAUUUUAGUUGGAAUUUGCAAUCAAACAUUGCUGUUAAUAAAGUAUGUUUAAUUCCUAAUCAGUGGUGUAUGACAUCAUUUGCUUAUCUGGCUUUCAAUUGAUAACUCAUUAGUGAUGUUUGUCUAUUUGACAGGAAACUGUUGGAUUCACUAGAACAAGAAAGAGUUUAGAUUAUAAUUACAUUUAUUAUUUUAGCUAUAUAUAUAAUAUUUACUGAUAAAUUCCCCCACAAUUUAUAUUUUUGGCAGAAUGAAUAUUUAAAAUGAGUUAAUUAAUUGUAGUUUUUAUUAA